GGAAGAGCGUGCGAGCAAGAUGGCCACUACCAAGCGAGUGUUGUACGUGGGUGAGCAGGCGCGGGUGCUAAGUGGAGUCUGGGCGAACCUCGCCGUGAGUGGGUCGUGGCGUGGAGCUGGACAGGUCUCCGGACGCGGAGGCCGGCGAGCAGCUGUCUAGGCCGCAUCUAUGGCGGUAUUGCUUGGCCUCAGGGUGGGACCCCGAGACCCAACGAUCGCUUCAAUUCUUCCAAGCCCGCUAAACUCACAGGAACCUCUUCACCUCUUGGGCCCAGGUGGACUUGCAGAGGAGGUGGAUGACAAAGUUCUUCAUGCUGCUUUUAUCCCUUUUGGAGACAUCACAGAUAUCCAGAUUCCUCUGGAUUAUGAAACAGAAAAGCACCGAGGAUUUGCUUUUGUUGAGUUUGAGUUGGCCGAGGAUGCUGCAGCAGCUAUUGACAACAUGAAUGAAUCUGAGCUCUUUGGACGGACAAUUCGUGUCAAUUUGGCAAAACCAAUGAGGAUUAAGGAAGGCUCUUCCAGACCAGUUUGGUCCGAUGAUGACUGGUUGAAGAAGUUUUCUGGAAAGACUCUUGAAGAGAAUAAAGAAGAAGAAGGCUCAGAGCCUCCCAAAGUAGAAACCCAGGAGGGGGAGCCCACUGCCAAAAAGGCCCGGUCAAACCCCCAAGUAUACAUGGACAUCAAGAUUGGGAACAAGCCAGCCGGCCGCAUCCAGAUACUCUUGCGUUCAGACGUCGUUCCCAUGACAGCAGAGAACUUCCGCUGCCUGUGCACCCACGAGAAGGGCUUUGGCUUCAAGGGCAGCAGCUUCCACCGUAUCAUCCCCCAGUUCAUGUGCCAGGGCGGCGAUUUCACCAACCACAACGGCACUGGGGGCAAGUCCAUCUAUGGGAAGAAGUUUGAUGAUGAAAACUUUAUCCUCAAGCACACGGGACCAGGCCUGCUCUCAAUGGCCAACUCUGGCCCAAACACCAAUGGCUCCCAAUUCUUCCUGACGUGUGACAAGACAGAUUGGCUGGACGGCAAGCACGUCGUGUUCGGGGAGGUCACGGAAGGGCUGGACGUCUUGCGGCAGAUUGAGGCCCAGGGCAGCAAGGACGGGAAGCCCAAGCAGAAGGUGAUCAUCUCCGACUGUGGGGAGUACGCGUGAGGCGCCAGAGGGCUCCUGUUGGCGGCAGCAGGGCCUUGUGUCCUGGUCAGCAUGGGGCAGCUCCUCUGCGGGCACAGCCUGGCCUCCUCUGGCUCUGCCCCAGGUGUGGCCGAGGGCCCAAGUGCCACCCUUCCCUCUGGACAGCUGUGCAUGGCCUUUCCAGCCUUUGCUGCCAGGCCCAGCAGUGUGACUCUUAGACAUUUUCUUCUGGUAAAAUAAAUCCUAGUUUUUGUA